GGUCCCCACUACGGCGCCAGCGGCCUCGGCGCGGUCGCCCGAGGGUCCAGCGCACAGAGCCGGGCUCCCCGGCCCGGCGCGUCCGGGCACUCGCCUGCGAGUUUGUGCAAAGCGCGUGCGAGCGCGGCCCGGGGCGGGGCCCGCACGGAGGAGGCGCCCGGACCAUGGUCACCCUCGGCUGAGUUUCCGGCGGCGACUUUGAUUAUUGGCAAAUAAUCACCAUAACAAUACCGCACCCUGGGGCUCGCCACCACCACGCACGGAGUCCGCGAGCCCGCACGCGGCCGCGCCACCCGCCGCCCGGCCCUGCUCGCCAGCCCCACACAGGCCGAUGGAAAAAUCCAAAAAUUUCCGCAUCGAUGCGCUGCUGGCCGUGGACCCCCCGCGAGCGGCCUCCGCGCAGACCGCGCCGCUGGCCCUGGUCACGUCGCUCGCGGCCGCCGCGUCUGGCCCCGGGGGCGGUGGCGGCGGCGGCGGCGGCGGCGGCGGGGCGAGCGGCGGCGGGGCGAGCGGCGGCUGCAGCCCCGCGUCCUCGGAGCCGCCCGCGGCGCCCGCCGACCGCCUGCACGCCGAGAGCCCCUCGCCGCCGCGCCUGCUGGCCGCGCACUGCGCGCUGUUGCCCAAGCCCGGCUUCCUGGGCGCGGGCGGCGCGGGCGGCGCGGGCGGCGCGGGCGGCGGCGCGGGCGGCGCGGGCGGCGGCCCCGGGGGGCCCCACCACCACGCGCACCCGGGCGCCGCCGCCGCCGCCGCCGCCGCCGCUGCAGCCGCCGCCGCCGCCGCCGCGGGGGGCCUGGCGCUGGGGCUGCACCCCGGGGGCGCGCAGGGCGGCGCGGGCCUCCCCGCGCAGGCCGCGCUCUACGGCCACCCGGUCUACGGCUACUCGGCGGCGGCGGCGGCGGCCGCGCUGGCUGGCCAGCACCCGGCGCUCUCCUACUCGUACCCGCAGGUGCAGGGCGCGCACCCCGCGCACCCCGCCGACCCCAUCAAGCUGGGCGCCGGCACCUUCCAGCUGGACCAGUGGCUGCGCGCGUCCACCGCGGGCAUGAUCCUGCCCAAGAUGCCCGACUUCAACUCCCAGGCGCAGUCCAACCUCCUGGGAAAGUGCCGUCGGCCCCGCACAGCCUUCACCAGCCAGCAGCUACUGGAGCUGGAACACCAGUUCAAGCUCAACAAGUACCUGUCGCGGCCCAAGCGCUUCGAGGUGGCCACCUCGCUAAUGCUCACGGAGACCCAGGUGAAGAUCUGGUUCCAGAACAGGCGGAUGAAGUGGAAACGCAGCAAAAAGGCCAAAGAGCAGGCGGCACAGGAGGCUGAGAAGCAGAAGGGGGGUGGGGGCGCCAGCAAAGGUGGCCUCGGGGAGGACAAGGGGGACGACGAGCUGCUGGGGCCGCCGGCUGCCGGGGACAAAAGCGGCGGACGCCGCCUGCGGGACUUGAGGGACAGUGAUGAGGAUGACGAGGACGACGACGACGAGGACCCCUUUCCCUACAGCAACGGCACGGGAGCGCACGCCGUCUCCUCCGACUGCUCGUCUGAGGCCAAUUCCCCACCCCCGCGGCCCAACGCACCCGGGCACCAGCCCCCGCCCCAGUAGGGGCCCCGCGCCCCAGGGCAGCCCCGCGGCCCCCAGGCACCAGCCUCUGCCCCAGGAGGGGCCCUGCGCCCCAGGGCAGCCCCGCGGGCC